AUGGGUGAAAUAAUCUUGUGCGGAAUUGCAGAAUCCAGGAAUCCAGAAUGUCCAGAGGAUCCCUCAGAGUUCCGCUUCGCCAAGAGGAGAUGGCUGUUCAAGGAUGAACUCAUUGACCACAAGGAGAAGCUACUUAUUUGCAUUGAAAAAUGCCAGAAUGCAAGAACGAGGAAGCUGAAAUUCAAGGCAAUCCAUCAGGACACCGGCUCCUGGACCUUGGUCCUCUGCCACGAGCAAACGCACGUUCGAGCCCGCGAUAUUGAGAUGGAGGUGGCUGGCCAACUGCUGCCCCUAAUCUUCAGGGACUUCCAGAUCAGCCUGGAGUUCGAGGUGGCCCAGCAGGAGCAGGAGCACCAGCGACCCCUCAAAACCUAUGUGACGACCAAGCUGUACGACGCCCUCUACGAAAAGCAUCGCCAAAUGAGGCAUCCGGAUCAGGAGCUGCCCCUCAAUCUUCCCGAAAGAUUUCAAUCCCGUCUACGGAAGUAUCAGGAGCGCACCGUGUCCUGGAUGCUGGGACGCGAGCAGCAGUUGACCCAGCUGCCGGCCAACUAUACACUCCUCCAUGCCGUCGACGGCCGGAGUCGCGUCUUCAAGCACAACUACUGCCUGCAGUUUUACUCCUCGUUAGAGGAGGAGCUCCCCAGGAUCUCCCUGCCGCCCGGCGGCAUUCUAGCUGACGAAAUGGGCCUGGGCAAGACCGUGGAGUUCCUGGCCAUGCUGCUGAUGAAUCCCCGGCCAAAGGACUCCUUCAGGAAUGACUACUGGUACCAAAAGCUCGAUGAGAUUGCCGACAAUGUGCCACUGAAGCGGGCGAAAAUGGGCAAAACCGAGGAGGUUUUCUGCAUCUGCACGCAGAAACGUGGAAAGCGGGUGCAGUGCAGCAAGUGUUACAAAUGGCAGCACGAAGCUUGUAUGGAUAUGUGUAGAUCCCGGCAAGAGUCUCCCCACCUGUGUCCCAAUUGCUGGUCGGAGCUGGCCAAAUCCUCAGACAGUUUGGUGGAAUCCGGAGCCACCAUCAUUGUCUCGCCCAAUGCCAUUAUGAAGCAGUGGUUCCAGGAGAUGCGCAAGCACAUAUCGCCUGGUCUCAAAGUGCUGCUCUAUUUCGGUCUGCAUUCUUGCAGGUGGGUGAGUCCUCUGGAGCUGGCCAAGUACGAUGUGGUGCUCACCGAUUACACGAUAUUGCGCAAUGAAAUUUACCACACGACGGAGUACAAGUCGGACCGCCAGAUGCGCCACAAACAGGUGUACAUGCGGCCCGAUUCGCCGCUCCUGAUGGUCAACUGGUGGCGCGUUUGCCUGGACGAGGCGCAGAUGGUUGAGAGCAACACCUCAGCGGCUGCGGAAAUGGUGAGAAUGCUGCCGGCCAUCAAUCGCUGGGCUGUAACCGGCACCAUCGACGAUCUGCCGCCUCUGCUGGAGUUUGUGGGUCGGCCGGAGGUCUGUAGGCCACCGGAUGCCUGGACAACGGUGGACAAGGCCUUCCAGCUGAACUACAAGUGCGAACCGCUGCUGGAACUUCUACAGCACAGCCUGUGGCGAACGUGCAAGGCGAAGGUGGAGCACGAACUGGGCAUUCCGCCGCAAACGGAGGUCGUACACCGCCUGGAGUUGAGCAAUGUGGAGUCGCUGUACUACCGGGAGGAGCACCUCAAGUGCCACGAGCAAUUCCUCGCAGCUGUGGCCAAGCACACGCGACACAACGCCGACAACAGCUCCUGUCUGGCGUCCAUCUCGCCGCAGUUGCUGCGCAUCAUCCUGAAGCCCUUCCUGCGCAUUCGACAGACAUGCUCGGUGCCAGUGGUGCUUAACAGCAAUGUGUCCAGUACGGACUACCUGAAUCCGCAGGAUCUGCUGAUGCGUCUCAAGGCGAACAAUGAGAACGAGUGCAAGACGGAGCUGCGAAGCUGGGCGUCAUCCUACAACGGCCUGGCGGCCAUACACUUUAUCAAGGAGGACUUCCCGCAGGCCAUUAAGUAUUACAAGCUUCUCUUGAAGCUGGCUGCAGACUAUAACGAGCAGAAUAUAUCUGUGGACAGUGUGCUCCAGAUUCAUGCCAUCUAUAACCUUCUACAGGCGAGCGAACUGGCGGCAACUGCAGACAAGAUAACCGAGCUGGAGCAAAAGAACUAUCAAGCUCAAAUGAAGCGACUGGAAUGGAAGUAUCUGGAGGAUAAUACCGCCGUGCUGGAAGGCGCACUUAGUUGCUACGAGGAGAAGCUCAAGGAAGUCGGCGAGCUGGAGGUUCAGUUCGAGGGCAGCACCGUGAAUCUGCUGGCCACGAUGGUGAACCACAAAACCUCGCUGCACGAUGCCAUGUGGCAUAAAGUCCGUGACGAUUUCUUCCGGCAAAAUAUCUCUGUGGAAAGGCUCGAUAACGUUAGCUCUGUGGUCGGAUUGCUUUACUUUAUAGAUCUUUGGCAUACGAAACUGCAAAAGUUGAAAAGUAAUUUACUUACUGAAUUCGAUUACCUGAAGGGAGUUACGCAGGAAGCUUGCCAGGCUGUGAAAAAGGGAAAUGUACUCUCGCAGGAGAUAAACAACUUCAUAGGAAGCGUAACCGAUUGCCAUUUGGCAGAUAUUUUGAAGGAUAAUAAGGAUAAGGCAGACAAACCCAAAAAGAAACGUUAUUGUCGCCUGUGCAAGACUCGCGAUUCUCUGAAUCAAUUUGAGUGCUUGCUGUUUGCCAAAAAGCUGGACGAAGAGGCCACCGUUACCGAGGGUCUGGAAAAUCCCAGCAUGGAAAUAAGUCUCAUUAAGGCUAUAUUUUCCUUCCUGCGCUCCAAGCCGGAGUUUAGCGAAUGGAAGGAGGAGUGUCAGAGCAAACUGGAUUUGCUUUCCUGUCUGCAGGACCUGGUCAAGUUCCAAAUUAAAUACUGGAUUGAGGUGGAGUACAUGGUAAAGGCUUUUGAUGAACUGGAGAUGUGCCGAAUGCGCAUCCUUCUAACCGACGAUCCCGAGGAGCAAUCGAACUACCGAAUCCUGCCCUGCCAGCUGGACGAGCAGUUGGAGUUCAAUCAGUACAACCUGCACGAAUCGCAGCUGAACUUCACGCGGCUGUGCGGUCGCUUGAAGUACCUGAAGCAUCUGAAAGAGGAUACCACCGAUAAGCCUUGUCCCAUCUGCCAAACGCAGGAUGAUGUGAGGUAUGUGAUGAUGGUUUGUGGCCAUUUUGUGUGCCAGCACUGCCUGGAUAGCAUGAGGAAGAAGUAUGCCCGCGAUGGCGUCACCAAAUGUCCACUUUGUCGGCAGGAUUCGCCACAAUUAUACUACUCAGUACGUCCUGGGGCACAUAAAUCCAUUGUCGGAGACUUCAGCACAAAGAUAGCCAACAUUGUGGAACUAGUGCUGAAAAUUAAGAGCGAUAAUGAGCAGGAAAAGGUACUUAUCUUCUCCCAAUGGCAGGCGAUACUCCUUCAAAUCGCCAGAGCCCUCAAUCUCAAUGGCAUCCAGUUCCGCAACAAGUGCACCAACAAGGAUUUUGAGGACUUCAAGGAUCCCUUUGGCAAAGUCACCUGCCUACUGAUGCCCCUUUCCAAAGGUUCAAAAGGCUUGAAUCUGAUCGAAGCCACUCAUGUUUUUCUUGUCGAACCGAUCCUCAAUCCGGGCGAUGAACGCCAGGCCAUCGGUCGCAUUCACCGAUUUGGACAGGAGAAAGCCACAAAGGUUCAUCGCUUCAUUGUGAAUGGAACGAUUGAGGAGAAUAUUCUGUCGCUAAUUACUUCAGCCGAUGACACAAAAACACUGUCCACGCACUGGGAUUUGGAGAACAUGACACUCGAUAGCCUCAAGAAGCUAUUCAUACUCAAGGAAAAGGAGUAGAAUCAAUUAAAGUUUAAUUAUUGUAAGGUAAUUUAAAAGCCUUGAAAAUCCUGGAAUCCCUGGAUCGAUCGA